AUGGAUGGCGCACCGGCAGUGGAAGAGGAGCUGGACUCCGUCAGUCUCAUCCUGCCGCUCCCCUACCGCCUAGCCCUUCUCAUCGUCCUGGGAGUCUGGCUUUGGGGCGUGAAUCUACACGCGUUACGGCUGCUGAAAAUCGACGUACCACACCUCAUCCGAUACCCAGCUCGCUCAAGCACCAAUCAACCCUCCCACCACCUCUCCAUCUACCGCUUCGCAAGCCUCCUCACCCUCCCCUUACUCGCCUCCGUCCUCCUCUUCUGGACCCUCACACACGGCACCAGCCACAGCGUCAUCGUAUGGCACAUCGUACCCAACCUCUACCUACUCCUACUCCUCCUCGCCUUCCUCAUCCCAGUCCAACACCUCCCACGCGCCGGCCGCCUGCGCUUCCUCCACACCCUGCGCCGCAUCUCCAUCGGCGGCCUAGCCAAGACCGACGACGGCAAGUUCGGCGACGUGCUGCUGGCCGAUGCCCUCACAUCGUACGCCAAACCGCUGUCCGAAGUCUACGUCACGCUGUGCAUGCUCGUCACUGGCCAGCAUACCACCGCCCGACCCGACAGGCAUUGCGGCGGCACCUACAUCCUUUCCAUUGUCAUGUGCGUUCCGUUUUUGAUUCGGUUUCGCCAAUGCAUUAUUGAUCGCCAGCCGGCCAAUGCGCUGAAGUAUGCUACGGCGUUUCCAGCCAUUGCGCUGAGCGCGAUGCAAAGACAUGCGGAGGAUGUGGGCCUGACUCCGACGUCACUCUUCAGACUAUGGUUCUUCUUCGCCAUGAUCAAUUCCCUCUACUCCUUUUACUGGGAUGUAGCACGAGAUUGGGACCUAAGUCUCUUUUCCUCCGACUGCAACGAUCCCUCCCAUCCUUUUGGCCUACGAAGACAGCGCGUCUUCGAUUCGAAUACACUGUACUACGCGGUGAUUGCAGUGGAUCUGGUGUUGCGGUGUACGUGGUCGGCCAAACUGUCGGUGCAUCUGGAGCACUUUUACGACAUCGAAGGCGGCAUCUUCUUGUUGGAGAUUAUGGAGAUAUUCCGCCGCUGGAUGUGGGUGUUCUUCCGUGUAGAGGCCGAAUGGUUGCGGGCCAGGGCAUCGGGGGAUGUAUUACUAGACGAUCUUGGGCCGAAGAUAGACGAGGACUAG